AUGCUGCACGACGCGCUCGCGCGGGUAGGGGCCGAGGGCGGCGCUGUCCUCGCAGAGUGCCUGCACGCGGCCUACGACGCGACGCUGCGGCCGCACCAAGACCCGUUCACGCGACGGGUGGUCGCCGCGGCGAUCUGGGCGGCGCCGAGCCGGGCCGACUUCCUCGCGCGGCUCGGGUCGCACCGCGAGGGGGUCGAGGCUGCGGUGGUGGAGAUGGCGGCCCGCAUGGAGACCGCACUGAGGGACGUGCAUGCGCUGCUCCACGAGGCGGGCGUGCUGGGCGCUGAGCCGCUCCCGCUGCCCGAGCGGGGAGACUAG